CACUACUACACUACCGACUGCCCUUCUUCCUCCGACCAGCCAUCGCGUGGCCUGGUUCCUCCUUUCUCCUUCCUUCCUCUCGACUACAUAUUCAUAUCCCAUCCAAUUCAACCUCCCUUCCACACCAGAUCUCCCGAAAUGAUGCACUUCCGACCCCGGCUGGGCCUGUUCUCCGCCUUGCGAACAGCAGCUCCCGCAAGACGCCGCCUUGCGACUGAGGCGCGGUUAAACUCGGACCACGUCCGGAUCGUCGAAGUCGGGCCCCGAGAUGGCCUCCAGAACGAGAAGAAAUUGAUUCCGCUCGAGACGAAGCUCCAGCUGAUCGAGAAGCUGGCCAAGACGGGUUUGACGACAAUUGAGGCGGGUUCGUUUGUGCCUGCGAAAUGGGUGCCCCAGAUGGCCAGCACUGCCGAAAUCUGCGCACACCUCCUCGAAACCCCGCCGGCGUCCCAGAACACCAUCGCUUACAACUACCUCGUGCCUAACGUGCGCGGACUCGAGAACCUGAUCAAGAUCAUGGACGCCAGCGGCUCUGUGGGGCAGCAGGAUACGACUAAGCAAUCGCCGACGACAACCGAGAUCUCGCUCUUCGCUGCCGCAACAGAGGCCUUUUCCAAGGCCAACACCAACUGCACGAUCGAGGAAUCGCUCGAGCGCAUCCGCCCCAUCGUGUCUCUGGCCAAGACGAAAAACAUCCGCGUACGCGGCUACGUCUCCGUGGCGUUGGGGUGUCCGUACGAGGGCCCCGACGUGUCACCCGCCAAGGUGGCGGAUAUCACCGCGACCUUGCUGGAGAUGGGCGCGGAUGAGGUGUCGGUGGCGGAUACGACGGGGAUGGGCACGGCGCCGCGCACGAUGAAGCUCCUGCAGGCGCUGAAGGCGGCCGGCAUUGCCAAUACUGAUCUUGCGUUGCAUUUCCAUGAUACCUAUGGCCAGGCGUUGGUGAAUACGAUCGUGGGGUUGGAGCAUGGGGUCCGCAUCUUCGAUAGUAGUGUUGGUGGGCUGGGUGGGUGUCCGUACUCCAAGGGGGCGACGGGAAAUGUUGCCACGGAGGAUCUCGUGCAUACUGUUCAUAGUCUGGGGAUGCAUACGGGGAUUAAUCUGGAGGAGGUCUCGAAGAUCGGUUCGUGGAUUAGUGGGGAGUUGGGCCGAUUCAAUGAGAGUAGGGCUGGCAAGGCUAUUUUGGCACGCAUGGACCAGUAGGAUGCUGUUUGAUAGGG